UGUCCGUGCAGAAGUUGCAUUGCAGGGGUGGGACUCCUGCAUUAGAUCUUCAUCAUGCGCAGCGGAAUACACACACCAUUCUUCAGAUCCAAUCUAAACACACAUUUGAUCUGAUUUGAAAGCACAGAGACACACGCGCAUCAGUUCUGAUCGGAUCAUUCACGCGCAUCCGAUGCUUGAAUGCAUGUUAAUUGAUGGACGAAAGUCUGCAUGAGCUCGAGAGGAAGGUGGCACCAUGUCUGUGCAAAGCCAGGAUAUUUCAGAAUAUCAUUCGAGCGUGGUUCUGGACCCUCCUGGCUGGGAGGUGUGUUUGUAUGUGUUUGGGUUCUUGGUUCUGUUUGGUGUGGUUAUAGUGAAUCUGUGGAAAUUAUAUAAGUCUGGCACUUUCCCAGCUCCCUCUCCUUACCCGAACUUCAACUACCGUUACCUGCAGGAGAAAUAUGGCUCGUCCCACCCAGAGAUCAGACAGAAGCGUGUUGCAGCUUCCAACCAGCGGAGGGCGUCAUCGGCAAGUCGGAAGCCAAGUCUCCAGUUGCUGGACACUCCCGAUGGGUUUCGAGAACUUGGAACGCUGGAGCUCAUGACCCGGGAGCUGGAUCCAAGCGGAGGCACCCUCAACCGUUCCCUGUCCUCCGAAUCUCUGUGUUCCAUCUCUUCUGUUGCGCAGACGUUCGGCCACGACUUCACGGUGGGGCAGCUGGAGAUCACAUUGGAGCUGGACUCUCGAUCCUCACUUCUGCAUGUCUCACUGCACCAGGGUAAAGACCUGAUGGAGAAGGAGGAGGAGAACUUCCCUGGAUGCUACAUCACCGUCAUGCUGAUCCCUCAACAGAUCAGCCUAAAAGCCACACAGGUUCAGAGAAAUGCCUUCACUGUGGUGUUUGAUGAGCGGUUCUCUGUUCCGUUAGACUCUGUAAGUCUAGAGGAGAACAGUCUGCGAUUCUCUGCAUUUGGCGUCGAUUCAGAUGAGCGAAGCAUCAGUGCUGGAGUUGCUGAACUUAAACUGUCAGAUCUAGAUCUUUCAAUUCGGCCGUUUAACGCCUGGCUCUACCUGCAGGACAUGAACAAGGCCGUGGAUGCUGUUGGGGAGAUCCUGUUGUCGCUCAGUUAUUUGCCGACUGCAGAACGCCUCACGGUGGUCGUGGCUAAAGCCAAGAACCUGGUCUGGACUAAUGGAAAGACCACAGCAGAUCCAUUUGUUAAGGUGUAUCUGCUCCAGGACGGCAGGAAAUUCAGUAAAAAGAAGACCUCCAUAAAAAGGGACGAUACUAACCCCAUCUUCAACGAGGCUAUGAUAUUCUCAGUGCCAGCCAUCGUCCUGCAGGAUCUCUCUCUGAGAGUGACGGUCGCUGAGAGCACAGAGGACGGGCGUGGUGAAAAUGUUGGUCAUGUGAUCAUCGGACCAGAGGCCAGUGGAAUGGGCAUAACACACUGGAACCAGAUGCUAGCCACACUGCGGAAACCAGUUUCAAUGUGGCACCCGCUCCGGAGGACCUAAAUCCUGACCCUUGACCCCUGACACCUGUCUUCUGACUCUUGUAUGCAUGGUGCCUACUGUCUGACUGUUCUAACAAUAAAGACGUUAGAACAUCAAGGAAGAAUCCCAGUCCCAGCUGUCCUGAGGGAGCGGAUGGGGACAGAUGGAUCUGGAAACAGAGUAAAGUCUCUUUUGCCUCUGUUACGGUCUAUGAAAUCCAGGUUUUCUUAUCCAGGUUAAAUUCAUUUCUACAUGAUAACAGGGUGGCUAGUUGUUUGCUGCAGCUUUUUGGUGGAAUUUAAAAUGAGACAGAAAUUUCAGUAGCCACAUUCUGUUGUACUAAAUAUUUAAAGCAUUAAAAUGAAAAAUAAAUUAUUUGUUUGGCCAUAAAUACAUUUAUUAUUAUUACUAUUAUUGGGGGUUGAAUACUCUUAAACAUAUUGUAAAAUAACAUCUAGCAACAGACUUGGGAUGCUCAGUCCCUUUUCUCAGGCAAUUGCAGUGACACUUAUUAGCCUAUUGGUGGCAACAUUGAGCCACAUCACGUACCAUAGAGGCAGCAUUGAGGAGUUUUGUAAUUGCAUCCUAUUUAUUUAAACAUAUUCAUGAUCCCCACAUUGGCUUUGAAGUCAUUAAAAAAUACCAAACUUAGCAUUUUACCAUUAGGAGACAAGUACUUUGAACUUCAUGAUAUCCAACCAGAUCUCAUAGAAUCACUUUACUAUACCUACAUUUUUCCUAAAAUAUUUCAUUCAACAUAUCACAGCAUAUCGCAAUCUUAUGACAUCAAAACACUUUUACCGUAGCACAUGACAUUCGCAUUACAUAAGCAACUACAUUUACAAGCUUAUUCAAGAGCGAUCAAAUUGCACGGUGACUCAACUGAUAGAGCGUUGCACUUGCAAUGCAAAUGAUCGGGAUACGAGUCUUGAAGAGCACGCUAGUCGACAAACAAGCCGAAAGUGUAGCACCACAAAAUGGCGUAAUUGCUUCAGUAAUUGUAUUUUUCAUCUCACAUUUGCUUUUUAUGACACUAUCGGCUAGGUUUAGGGUAGGGAGGUAGGUUUUGUCUAUUUAAAACUCAAUGAGGCAUUAACCUUAAAAACCUCAUCUGUUUGGAAGAACAUUUCACUCGCUUUAAGCGCCACUCAGUGGACAUUUCACCUCAGAACUGCCACGAAACUUACUAUAAUUUUGCAAAAAUGUCGCUACAGACAAUGAUGAUAUCAGUUUUGGGGAAGUACUUAAUUAGUAGUACUAAGUUUAAAAGUAAUCUUUUUCAAAUUACAUUACAUUUUCUAGAUUGUAGUGGGAUUAAUUAACCAGCUACUCUGAACAGUUAUCACAUUACUAAUUACUUAUUCAUUUCUAAAACCCAACCUUUACCAAAUUAGUUUCAUGUGGACAAAGUGCUGUGUUGUGUUCUUUCACCAGGGCAUAAAUUCAAUUAUUAUUGUAAUAUCUGUUCAAAGUAAAGAGCCACAAUUUUUUUGCAUUCCUUUCACAUUGUUAGUGUGUCAGUCAAAUGAAAGGGAGUGCAAUAAUAUAUUUUGGUGGAUGUUAAAUAUGUUUUAAAUCAAAUAAAAUACAUUUCUAUCAAACUUGAAAAAAAAAAUUAUAUAUAUAUAUAUUAUGUUAUUUUAAUUGCUUUUCACAUUCUCUAAGUUUUCUUCAGCAAGAAAGAAAUCUAAAUAUAACACCAAAAAAAAAAGAAAAGAAAAAAAGUUGAAACUGCCGCAAUAAUUAAACCUUUUGGUGACAGAAUGUUAAACUUCAUACCAAAAUCUGUGAAUCACAUUCUACCACAUUUAACAUAUUUUGUAGGUUGAAUAACAGAUUUACGCUUCUUGCUCAGUAAUGAGAUCAUUUCAUUUGAAGAAGUGCUGCAAAUCCUGUCAUUAAUUUUUAAAUACUAACAAUAUUUUAAGCUUGACACCAUUAAAAUUCAUUCUGUGCCAAAUUCACCCUAAUAGAAGCAAUAUACUCAUUUACCAUGUGCAUCAGUUGUUGUUGAACUUUUAAAAGAUUUAAAGGAUGAUAAAACAUCAAAAUACUUUACAAUGCAUGCAAAUGUUAUGUAGGAAAUAUUGCAAUCAAAUGAAUUGUUUAAAUAAAAAUGCUUUG